UACAAAAAAUAGCCCAAAUACUCUUUUUUUUUCAAAAAAAAAGGAAAAAUUGAAAAAAAAAGUCCCCUCCAAAGUCCAAAGCCAUGAGUGAGGUAGAAACUGCAGAAAUGAAGCGGAAGAAGAGGAUGGGGAGACCUCUGAAUUCUGAAAUUCCGCUGUUUUCACCUCGCAAUCCCAUCAUUCUCGGCUCUCCCCCAAUCACCUACAGCCGAUCCCAUCGCCGGAACCCUAAAUACUUCAAUAUUCCGCCGCGAGAUUUCGACGACGAGCGCAAGGAGAAGAAGGUCAAGCUCGUCGGCAAACUCCCCGACGACAAGGAAACCCCCAAAAUCAAACUAAAUCAGCUGCAGCAUCAGCAGAAGCAGAAGGAUUCCGCACAUUCUGCCUCUGAAUCCGAGCCAGAGUCGGCCAAGGAUCUCGAAUCAAAGAAGCGGAAGAUCAAUGCCGUCGAUCGCGGGUCUGAUUCAGCUCAGGAGAAAAAUGGUGUGAAAGCGACGGACACUCAGCAACACGGGCCGCCAUUGGAGUCUGGUCCCACUCCAACUUUGCCAGACAAAAAGAUGUUGUUGCUCAUUCUUGACAGGCUUCAAAAGAAGGAUACGUAUGACGUAUUUUCUGAGCCUGUGGAUAUCGAAGAGCUGCCUGAUUAUUUCGACGUGAUUGACAAACCGAUGGAUUUUGGGACAGUGAGGAAGAAACUUGAUCGCGGAGCGUAUAAGAAAUUGGAAGAACUUGAGGCUGAUGUGUUUCUGAUAUGCUCGAAUGCUAUGCUGUAUAAUGCUCCAGAUACGGUCUACUACCGACAGGCGCAUUCGAUGCAAGAAAUUGCAAAGCGAGAUUUUGAGAAUCUGAGGCAUGAAGGCGACAAUGUCCAACCACAGCCUAAGGUUGUGCGUAGAGGCAGGCCCCCGAGUAACAAGAGCAGCCUAAAGACAUCCCCAUUGGAUCGUGCUGGUGCUGACCCGUCGUCAGGUGGAACUCUUACUAACACGGAAGACAAGGGAACGGGAUCUAAUCCUUACAAUCUGAGAAAGGGGCCUGAAUUAUUUAGAUACCGGCCCAAUGACCCGUACGUGUCAUCAUACCGGCCAAGAAACAGCGAAUAUCACUCUGAGUUGUCGGGCGACUGGAACAACGAAUUUCCAGCAACCAUUUUACGGGCUGACAUGAAAUCCAGUAAGAAACAGAUUGUCGUUGACGAGAACAGGCGCGAUACGUAUAGGCAAUUCGGUCCCCUUUCUUCGAAUAACAACUCGUCUGCUUUUACUAACUCUGCAGGAGACAUGAACCAACUUGGGAUGGUGGGCUUGCACGAGCCCUUUGCAUACGCGAGAAGCCUGGCCAGAUUUGCUAAGGAUCUUGGCCCCGUUGCUUGGAAAGUUGCAUCGAAGAAGUUAGACUACGUCUUGCCUCCCGGGACAGAAUAUGGCCCCGGCUGGGUUGCUGACGAGGGAGCAUCGUCUUCACAGCCACCGUCUUUCCCAAACACCCCUGCUGUCGACUCUGAGCUAAGCUCUUCUGCUACAUACGGGCUUUCUGCAGAGAUGGUCGAGGCUGUCAGGAGGCUCAACAGCCAGAACGAACAAGGCUUGCAAGGCAACAACGUCUCUCCAUGGAAGACGCCAUUCCCAUCAGUCCAGCAAGGAGGCAACGUCUCUCCAUGGAAGACGCCACUCUCGACCGUCCAGCAAGGCAACGUCUCUCCAUGGAAGACGACGUUCCCACCUGUCCAGGAAGGAAGCGACGCCUCUCCAUGGAAGACGGCAUUCCCACCAGUCCAGCAGAACCAAUUCUAUCAGCUUCAGACUCAAACUCAGCCUCAGAGAAACGGAUUCGGAUACGACCAACAGAGGUCGAGGCUGGCGAUGGAAGGGUUUCAGUUCCCUCCUCAGGCCAUAAACCCCAUGACGCAGCAGACGGUGCCCGCCUUCUCAGGAUUUCUGUUCCCUAAUCAGACCAUAAACCCCAUGCCGGCGGCCUUUCCACAGCAGGAAGGCAGGAUGUGGACGUAUGGCACGUCAUCUUGGCCAGCCCUCCCAGGCCAGCACGGCCGGAGCCUUGCUGCACCCGAACUCAGCCCCAGGAUCCCGGUCGGCUCGCCAAGUUCCAGCUUGCAGAUAGGCUCACCUCAGCAGUAUCAGAAGCAGAAGAAGCCAGAUUUAGCAUUGCAGCUCUGAACAUUGAUGUUUUUCCCCAUUUUUGGAACUGAAUUAGAAGAGAAGAAGAAAAAGAAGCUAAAAUUUUCUGACUAUGGGAAUAAGAAGUGAUGCUGCUGCUUAGUUGUGUGUAGGAGAAAGUUUGUAAAUGGUUUUGUAUGUUUUUUUAAUAUUGCUUGAUUAAAAAACUACAGGGUUAUUAGUGUAAUUCAAUGCUUUGAUCCAUUGGGCAGAAGGGAAAUAUAUUUACCAAUUUAAGUUAGAGGGGAGGAAUACUAUAUCUAUAUUUAUAUAAUAAAAGUUUUGUUUUUAUUUA